GGAAUGACUUCCACAACGUGUCCCUUCUGCUGAAGUGCAUCCAGCUCUACUUCAAGAGCGAUCUCCAGCAGGGGACGAGCUUGUUCAUUGAGCAAGGACUUGUAGAAAAGAUGGUAUCCUGGUUUGAAAGAGCAAGAACAUUUGUGAUCCUCAUUGACCCAACUGAAAAUAGUUUUUUGAUGGUACUUCUGGAAGACUUCUUUGACUCUGCAUUGGUGAUUUGCAAGUGCAGUAACGAAGGGAAGAAGCAGUUGGUGAACUUGUUUCUGCCUGAGCUAGGGCGUCUGGUGACAGAAGCAAGCGUUUGCUGUGCCCUGAGGCAGGAGGCUUUGAGGACUCUCAACUCUAUACUUGAUAGCAUCCCACGUGAGAGCAGGAAGAAACUCCCGCUGUCGGAGGAGGUGUGUUUCCUUACGAAGGAUCUUGCCAAAACAAUGCUGGAGGCUGGUGAUUAUGACCUUCAGGUUGCCCUUUCGGAAGCGCUCUGUAGGCUAACGAUAAAAAAAUGGAGAGAUGACCUUGUUAACCACUGGUUUGAAGAUAAAUAUCUUGCUGAAGCUUUCAAAGAGAUCAAGGAUAAAGAAUUUGAGACGGACUGCAGGAAAUUUCUUAACCAGUUAAAUGAAAGGCUUGGGGAUAAAAGAAGAGUCUAUUCAUUUCCUUGCCUGUCUGCUUUUGCUGACGUGAGCCAGGUGAAGAAGCCAUCAGAUGAGAAGCUGGACAAGUUCUGGAUUGACUUCAACACUGGCAGUCACAGUGUGACUUUUUACAUAGAUAGUACGGAGGGUGUUCUUUGGGACUCUGUAAGGCUGCAGAAAGAAGCAGUCAGCUGUUACAGUCUGAAGGAGGAUGGUGGAGAAAAGAUAGUCAAAAUUUAUAUGAAGAUACCUGCUACUCUUAACAAAACAGAAGUAACGAAAAUCAAGUUACAUUUCAGUGCUGAGUAUGAAAUCUUUAGUAUACUUAAAAAAGUCCUUGGAGAUGAGAAAAUGAUGACAAAUGUGGGUGAGGAGGAGCCCAUCCGCAAUGAGAAGCAAACCAGGCAGAGUGAAGAAGUGACAUCUCAGUCCAGUGAUCUACAGAAGAAAGAUCCUGAAAACUUAGGAAACGUGGAUUCCUUAGCAGAAAACUUGAUCUCACAGCACAACGAGCAGUUAGUGGGCACUGUAGCAGAAACGUCUAACUCUGUUGUCACCGUGACUGCAGUGAACCAGCAGUCUGGCCUGGACGAAGCUGACCAAGGCUCAGCAACCAAGUCCAAAACUCUAUCUCCAAGGAUGGAUAUGAAGUCUAGUGGGAAGCCAUCAGAAGAGAAACUUACAGAAGCAUCAACAACCAAGGUUGGUACCUUGGAAAGGAGAACCAGAAUAAAAGGUUUGGUCAAGCAGAAGACUGGAGGCAGGAAGGACUGCUAUGACUUUGAGGUCUCGGACUCUGCAAGUCAUGAGAAGGUUUCUGAAGCCAAAGAGAAGGCUUUCAGGAAGAAAAAUUAUUCACAAAAUCAGAGUUACAGGAAGCAUCUCUUCUCUGAAAGCAAUAAUGAAAAAUCAAGCAACAGUGAGAGUGAGAAAAGCUGGAUCGUCAACUCCCAGAAAGAGCCACUGCCAACAUCUUUCAACUACACCCGAAAAAGGCGCAGGGUGAGAAGGAAAUUAAAAGUACUUCCAGUGUCAUCUCCAAGCAGCGGCAAUGAAAACCAGAUGGAAGAGCAGAGAACAGCAAGACAAAAAGAUGAAAAGAAAGUGUCAAGGAAAAAACACACAUCCACCUCUAAGGGUGAUGACUUACCUACCGUGGAUCUUGCUGGUGAUGUGCCAUCAGAGGAGCCCACAUGGCAGCUACUGGAUGUGUCUAUGGAGGAGCACUCUGUUGUGGAGAAGGAUGUGACGCAGAAGUUUCGCAAUGUGUCUGGUGAAGAGACAAGAGAAGAAGAAAGCUUUAAGCGGAAGGACUUGGAUGCAUUAAGUGGCACUGUUGUGAAGAAGCCCAGGUUUCUCAGUUCGGAAACCAAGCACUUGUCCUCUGAGUCACCCUCUAAAUCAAAGAAAGUUUUGAACUCAGUUGAGAAGGAAGAGCAGAUGAAGAGAGGUCAGGAGAUGGUUGAUAUGAGCACUGCCUUUUUUUCCAAGAUGCAGCACAAGGAUUUUGGUGAUUCAGGAGUGAUUGCUGUAUUUGAAAGUUUUACCAACCAGCUAAAGCAACUGUUCUGGUCCAGGUACAAAGAGAUGGAGAUGUCUGCACAGAACACGCUGAAGACUUCUGAGAAGAAUGUUUCAGCUCUGCUGAAAGAGAUUCACAAGUGCAGACUGAACAAGCUGGAAGCCUUCAAGAAGAUUGUUGUGGAAGAGCUUGCCAGCCUUGAGAAAGAUACUCAGAUCUUGAGGAACAUGGAGAAGGAUGCAGUGGACUUCUGGAACGCACAGCUGCACAAACUGAAUUCUUUCUGCAACCAGCAGAAGCAAAGAAUUCAGUCUGUUGAUUCAGCCCUGGGUGAGACAGCUGAGAGUUUUGCCAGUACGAUUGUCAACACCACACACCAUGUCUCAAUGAAGACUGCAGUAGAGAAUGGUGUGUUUGUUGUUCCUUCUGACUAGCAGCCCUCUGAUUCACUGGAGUGUUUGAAAAUGCAGAUAAGAUGAUCCUGUGAAGGAGAUGAUAAUCUAUUUUAAAUGGAAAGAAAAAUGGGGAGAGAGAAAAUAACAUUGAUAGUGAGUUUUUGUUGUUAUUUGGUUUAAGAAUAGCUUAUGCUGGUUGAAUUGUUCCAUUUUGACCUGUGUCUGAAAUGUUGUUCCUGCAAAACUGUAAGAUAGGCUCAUUAAAUACUGAAGAAAUAGAAAAUGAACUAAGUAUAGUGACUCAGCCAACAAACUGAUGCACAUGGGCCACUAAGCUCUGGACUGCAGAGAAGAAAGCACAAAUGGAUCUACUGGAUUUUGGCCAUGUGCCUGGCGGCAUUCUGCAGACUAAAGGGCAACAAACCUGGAGCAUUGCAGACAUAAAGGCAAGUGAAACUAGAGAAAUUAUUUCUAAAUCCAGUAUUUAUUGCUUGCUGUACUUUGUAUUCUCCCAGAAGCCAAUGUUAGGAUUAGAUAAGUAACACCAAAGGUCUCUUGAAAUCAUACAGCAGAUGAACUGUGCUAUUUAACAUCAUCCUCUCUUUCAACAAGUUGGUUUCCUAAAUUGCAGUUGCUCUUCACAGCAUUAAAUGCAGCUUGUGACAAACUUCAC